GCCGUGAUAGCGUGACCUCCACGUCGACCAAAGGCAACUUGUCAUUGUCUUUCAUGUCUCUCGUUCCUAUCCGCGUUGAGCUCCCCACUUAUUCUCAUUCCUUCACCGUGCAAGUCUACACUGGAGCCAUCGUCCUCGACGUCAAGCAGGCAAUAUUCGCAGGGUGCACCGGUCAACCACGUGUAGAGGGCCAGAGACUCAUUUGGAGGGGGCGAUACUUGAACGAUGAGGAGAAGAUUUCUGACAUCUGGAAGUCUCCAGAAGAGCAGCGUGUUGUUCAUUUAGCGGUUCAUCACUCUGCUUGGUCCGCUUCUCCUCCAACGGUCCCGCGUUCAUCCUCUCCCGCUACCAGAUUAGCAUCAGCCUCACAAGCAGUUCAACCUCCUCAAAUUCCCGCCAGUCCUUUCGGCAGACCACAACAAACCAACGCAACUCAGUCAUCGCAUCAACCUUCUGUUACCGAUCAGCAACUGGGGUUCAUUGCUUUCAAGCAUCAAAAUGCAAUAUCCAUAUUAACGAACGACACUAUUUUACCACCACCAAGCCAUCUAGAAGCAUCUCGAAUGCAGGUCAAGCUUGGCCUUGAAAAUAGCGGAUAUAUCUGGCCAAACAUCCUGGAUGAAGAAUACCCUGUGGUUGACCAGAGUGAAGGUGGUGGACUAACUUAUGAGCGUGUUACAAUAGAAGGUCGGAAUUACCUUACUCUUCGGAACCCAGAGGGAAAGCCCAGUUCCAGACAAGCACAUGCCCUAAAGACACUCACUUAUACUUAUCCUCUUCUCUCUUUCAAUUUUCCCCACUUGCCAUUCAUUCCUACCAAUGCAGUUUACGAACGGGUUGCUUCCCCCGCUCACAUGACGGAAUUUCUCCAACAUACAAACGAAUUUCUUCAGCGGCUCGACCUUCCUCCCGUUCAAAUCCCCCAAAUAAAUAAUGCCCAAAACGUGCCCGCGCCGGAUGCAGAAGCUGACCGGCUCGUCCACGAGAUCCCGGUUCGUGCACUCCUGGCCCCCCUGAUGAUGGUUAUUGUUCGCACGCUACUUCUCCUCUACUUUAUCUCGCCGGCGCGCAAACCGAUAAUUGGAAUGUGCAUUAUUGCAAUGAUAAUGUACGAAAUGUGGGCACACGUUCGUGUGGUUAUAGUCCGCCCUUUCAAUCAAGGUGCAGAGAACAAUCCUCAGGCACCUCAGCAGAACGGGGGUGCUGCCGAUGCUCAGUUUGCUCCUCAGGGCCAAGGCCGCCAACCUGGCGCUCAGGCCCCUGCUGGUCCUAACGGAAAUCAGGGACAGCCUGGUCCACAGAAUCGUCCUCGGCUUCCGACAGAAACUCAAGCGGAUGGGGUUCUCCAUAGUCUUGCUCUCACCAAUAUACACAGCGAGAGCCAUGCUUUGUGGCCUAUGCAGGGCGCUCAAGGACCACGAGAACCAGGUCUUUUACGCAAGCUAGUUAUCUUCUUGAGUUUACUCAUCUUAACUUUACAUCCUGCGGUUUGGAAUAAGCGGAGAGCAGCACUGAAACAGCGAGAGGGACAACUACGUACGGAACUGAAUGCCAUGGAGUCAGAUGCGAGGGAUAGAGAAGAUGGUACCCGAGAGGCCAGUUCGAAUGAUGCAAAUAGUAACGAGUUAAGGCAGACAGAAAUGCGUGCUCGACUUCUGGAGCAACAUGCACGUCGACCGCGCUGGGUCAAAGAAUAUGUGCAGCGUGCAAGGAGUGGAGAGUUCUUGGAUGACUGAGAAAAAUCAUAACCGAUGUAGAACGUAUUGUACUUUUCUUUUGUGGCGAAUACAUGCAUUCGUAUGGAAUUCAGCGUCUAUCUUGUAGAAGAAUCGCCAGGCUAAAAUAAGCCUGGUGAGCAAAAACGAGCACUAUUCACUAUCACCGUCAUCCUGUUCAUCAUCAUCAAACUCUUCUGCUUCAUCGUCGAUAAAUCCAUUUAACAUUGGGCCUUCACCGUCCGAAUCCUCUUCAUCACUCUCGCCUUCGUCGUCGUCGUCAUCAUCAUCUUCCUGACUCUCUCCGCCAAGUUCAACGUCUUCUAUGCUACCUUCAUCUUCCCCGCUUUCUACUGCUACUUCUGCAUCCAUCUGUUCUUCUUCGUUGUCACUCUCACCCUCUACGUAUCGUGUUGGUAAUCUUGUUGUCCGUGAGCCAGAACUACCCUUGUCUUUGUUAGACGUCAAAAUUGCAGGACUUGUUGACGAUCGCAUCUCGAUUUGUGAAAGUACCAUGUCAAGCCGUCCAUUCAAAGCAAGCAAGCUAUCUUGCAGAGCUAGUCGGGAAGUGAGCGUAGCAUGAAGACCAGAUAGCCGAACGACUAGGUCGGGCAACGUCAUUAGAUACCCGCUGUGAACUACUAAGACCGCUUUGACCCAGGUAAUCAGACCCAUCCCUCUCUGUGAGCUGGCUCCCCCACCUCCGCCUUUCAUAUUAGCCGCUCUCGAGCCUCUCCCUAACCUUUCCACACACACUGACAAUAGUGGUACAGCCAAUUGCGAUGGGAGUCUUCUUACAGUAUUUCGUAUCAGGGUUGGGUCAGAAUGAGCCAAACAGGUUUCCAGGAGUCGAGAAUCUGAAGAAUGCAGUGCUUGUAUCAAGGUGCGGGUUAAUGAAUUUGCGGGGACAAGAUUCGGUGUCUCCUGAUGUUUUUGUGGUUGGCGCGAUACACCUCCUGCAUCAUCUUCCACGUCGCUGUCCGACUCUGCUAUUCGAGUGGCAGCCUCCGUUCCAUUUAAUGCGGUUAGCCGCUGUCCUAAGCUAAGCUCAGCCAAGUCUGUAUCUAAGUUCCCGUCAACGUCACGAGCUGCAAGGUCCUCCAUGGCUUGGUCCUGCCCAAGUUCUGUGCCCGAAUGCACAGCGAGUGAUGAAGAUUCCGCAUAGCGAACAUUUCUUUGUGCAGCAAUCGCCGAAGGUUCAUCUUCUACAACUACCUCGCCAAGAUCUGUGCGAGGAGUAUUCACUUUUUUGCGGGAAGCUUUUGUCCGCGCUUUUUUUGCUGGCGCUGGUGAAGAUGCCAUUUUACCGCUGUGUGAAUUACAAUAUCAGAUUAAACUGGAGAGCUUUAAUACACAGUGAAAGUAAUACCUUACCCACUCCC